AUGAUGCGCCGCUCCGACUCCAUCUCCAGCGUCAGCUCCGCGGGCUCAGACGCCGAGGAGACGAUGCACAUCUUCGUCAAGACCGUAUCCGGCGAUGCCACAAUCCCCCUUUCGAUACCCGCCAACACCUCCAUCUCCACAUUGCGCACGCUGCUCGCCCUGCGCACCAACCUGCCCUCGCCCGCCGACCUGCGCCUCGUCUACGCAGGGAAGCACCUGAGCAGCGCCAGCACAACGCUGGCUGAUUACGCCAUCCAGCCCAACGCCACCCUGCACAUGGCGUUGCCGCUGCGCGGUGGAAUGCCGCCCAAGAAGAUUCGCUGCAGCCACAAGACGUGCAAGGACGCUGCCCAGCGCAUCGUCGGCGACUGCGGCUUCUGCAACGGCCACUUCUGCGGCAAGCACCGCUUGCUCGAGGACCACAAGUGCGAGGGCCUUGAGGACUGCAAGAAGGAGAGCCACGAGCGCAAUGCCAUCAAGCUCAACAGCGAGCGCACCAUGGCCAUCAAGGGCAUCUGA